GACGCACAUUUCAUUCGAUUUGAUCUGAAACCAUAAACCCUAAUCACAUACUCGAAAAACCCUAAUUCGCAGACGCAGAGAGAUAACAGAGGAAGAGAAUGGGAGGAUCUCGAAGAAAAUACAAGAAUUCUCGACCUAAGGUUCGUGUGGGUCUUCCAAAGAAGAAUCCUAAAGUUGUGAAACCCGCCUUCACCAUUCCUCCCAAACUGUUACAAUCCCUUGUAGAAGACCCUAAAUGGGACGAGAAAGGUAGCGUCACCCAAAACUAUAACUCCUUCGGCGUCGUCAAUGACCCUAACUCCCUCACCGAUUCUCUUCAAGCUCCUUCUGUUUCCGAUGACCCCAACGAUUCCGGCAGUGACCUCGAAGAAGACGAUUUGAAAUCGGCAUUGGGAAAGAGAAGAAGAGAUGGCAAAAAUGCACUUCCUCAACCUUUGACUUCGAUUCAGCGUCUUUAUAUUAGUCGGCUAGUUGAGAAAUAUGGAGCUGAUUUUGAGAGAAUGAUGAUGGAUAUAAAGCUAAAUCCUAUGCAGCAUUCAGUUGCAACUUUAGAGAAAUUGUGCAUGAGCUAUUACAUAUAUAAGAACAAGAAUCCGCUGAUCGUUGGAAGAUGAAAUACUUUGAUUGUGAACUAGUGCAGUGCUGUCGAAGUUGUGAGUUGUAACGUUGAUCAUGAAUAGGUGAAAUGUUGUUACAAUGAAGAUUUUUGUUGUUUUGACACUUUGAAUGUUGCUCAUGUAAUAUUGUUAUAAAAUUUUGCUGAUGCUUUUUAUUUUUGUAUGGAUUUUUGUCGGGGAAGAUGAAACAUUAUGGUCUCCUUGCCUGUUGUCAAAAAUGUUUUAAUAGAUGAAAGUAAUUUUGGAUGGA